CCUUGUUUUUCCCGAGUCGCGGGACCGCUGGCGAUUCUGGGAAUUCCGACUCCGCGCGGGUCUUCCCGUCCAGGCGGGCAACGCACUAAUAUAGACGUACAUGUGAAAGAAAAGAAGUUGUUAGUCGUUAUCAUUUCAGCUGAAUUUCAGUUUGGGAAUUUCGCGGAGGCUCUUCAGGAAAGGUCAGGGCUCUGUUGCUGAUGACCCAUGAAGACUGUGUUGUCUCUGUGCUCAGUGGAGCUGACAGAGUUGAUGUAACAUGGUGACGGUGGCGAUCCGAGCUGCACCAGGUCCAGUGUUGCACAGGGUUGUUUUCUCCAGCUCCUUUGCCUUGCGGAGUGUGUGUUGUGCUGUGACUCUGGACAUGAUGCAGGCCUGUGCUCUGCUACUGUUUCUGUUCCCAGUGCAGGUCUCCCUUCUCCACACUGAGCUUUCUGUGCCCCAGAAUGUAUUGCUGGAGAAGGACCUUGUAUCCCAGACUCUGUCUCUGACAUGGGAGAGUGACUCUUCAGUUUUUGACGUUGAGAUUUUUCGCACUGAGCUUGGAGAGCUGGUUCUGAAUGAGACUGUGUUGGCACGAGUGUAUGCCAGAACAAGGAGGUGGAGCUGGAGUUGGCGGUCAGAGGUGCCUCUUCAGUGCACUUCCCACUCUGUACACAUCAGAGCUCGAGACCAGCAUACAGUGAGCCAGUGGAGCCGCCUGCUGACUAUCUCAGGUUUGGACCUGCCGGAGAAGGCAGAGGCCCAGAUGUAUCCCCAGGACACGGUGGUCACGGUGGGCAGUAACGUCACCUUCUGCUGUAUCCUGCCCGAGGGCCAGGCGGGGGAAGGCCACAUCCGCUACAUGAACAAGGAACUGAAGGUGACCAUGCUCAGCCAUAGGACCAUCGCCACCUCCGUGGACAACCUACCGGCAUCCCACCCCACCGGAACCAACGUCAUCUGCUCCAUGCCAGCGAACAGUGUACUGACCGGAGCCGUAGUGUUUGUGGGCUAUCCCCCAGGCGAUGAGGGUCUGCAGUGUGAGACACGUGACCUUGUGUCAGCAGAAUGCUACUGGAAUAAAGGACAAGACACACACCUGAGGAAGACCUCCUACCAAACACAGUACACUCUGAACGGCAGGCGCUGUGUGGAGGCAGGUCGAGACAGGAAGCAGUGUCGUUUUGACCAGUGGCAGGACACAUGGACUCUUAUGGCUGUAAAUCCUCUUGGAACAGUCUGGCUCAAUGACUCUGCCAAGCUUAUUGAACGGGUGCAUCUCGUGGCUCCUGUGAACAUUUUGGCGGUCCCCCAGAUGAGGAACGCCACUCUGCAGUGGACCUGGUCUGCACAGCGCUAUAAAACUCUGGACAUGAUCUGCCAGGUGCACCUCACCAACAGGGGGCGCACCCAUGCUUAUAACUACACUGGUGUGGGACUGUCCAGUGUCAUUCUGGAGGGACUGAUCCCAGAUGCUCAGUACUCUGUCUCUGUGUGCUGUGCCUCCCUGCACAACUUCUGGCGAUGGGGAGACUUCAGCAGCCCCUACAGCGUACGCACCAAAAUGGACCGACCUGAGGCUCCUGAUGUGUGGGUGAGGAUGGACAGUGAAGACACUGGCCGAGUCUUAUGGAAACCUCUCUCUGGGAGUGCCAGUCACGGUCCUCUUCUCGGGUAUGAGGUCUAUCUGAAGGCAGGGGAGGAGGUUGGAUGGAAGAGUCUCUUUCUCUCUUCAAAUGCAUCCAGCUCACUCAUCUCCCUGAGCAACAGCAGCCGUAAUGUCAUCGUCGCCGUGGCAGCACGAAACCCAGUUGGGCUCUCCAAGCGCUCUGCUAUACCCAUCCCCAAGUUUCAAGCAGACUUUCCGUUGCACGGGUCUGAGCUGGUGGGCGGUGGUGUGGAUCUUGAGCUGAGCUGGCCUCCAUGGCCCAACGCCAGCCACGGCUAUGUGCUGGAGUGGGCUCCCACCUGCUGUACUGGCCUCUGCUCCGUCCAGUGGGUGAAGGUUCCGAAUUCAAACACCAGCACUAUAGUCCAAUCAGGUUCUCUCGUGGAGGGGGUGAGGUACACAUUCUCUGUAUUUGCACUGUCUCAUGGAGCUACUGUUCUACUGCAGAGGCAACAUGGAUAUGGGGAGGAGCUGGUUCCUGCCCAGCCUGUGGGGGCGCUGUCUGCCCAGCAGUCCGGCUCCAGUGUGUUACUGUCCUGGGAUCCCAUCCCCAUGUGUAACCAGACAGGCUUUGUGCGCGGAUACACAAUCUACCCGACCAGUGCUUCUAACCUGAGAGUCGCUCAGCUGAGUGACCCCGCACUAACCUCUUACUCCAUGGAGCCUGUGGCCCCUGGCUCCUACAAGUUCACGGUGAAAGCGUGCACGUCGGCAGGAGAAGGCAGCGGUGCCACCGUCACUAUCAGAAUGGAGUCGGACACUGACAUGCUGGUUGUGGAGAUUCUAGUGGCGCUGGGCGUUAUGUCUUGCAUUCUCAUCAUCAUCAGCAUCUUCUGCUAUAAGAAAAGAGAAUGGGUGAAGAAGGCUUUCUACCCUGAGAUUCCUGGACCCAAACUCACUGGGGACUGGAUAACUCCUGCGGGUCCUAUGGAUGUAAAGCCGCCGCGCCACAGUUUGGUCCACAUAGUGGAGAGUCCAGAGUGGGAAUCUAGAAAGGGAAGUCUUGUCAGCGCACCUGAGGAGGAGGAUGACGACUCCGCAAACCAGAACAUCGAUAUGGACACAGACUCAGACGAACCUGCCCAUCUGAGAUACUACAAUCAGCUGGUUAGCGAUGGUUCCCACAGCAACCAUGCCUCAGAUUCGUCAGGUGCCUCCACCAGCUCUGAGGACUCUGCACAGACACAGGUCACCUACACAGGCAUCCAGAGCCCCGCCCCCUCACAGGGAACACCAUCCUAUGCUUACAGGCCCCAGAUGCAGCCUACAGUGGGCCCCGAUAUUCCUGGGGCUGGGCUAGACAGCGAGCCCCAGGAAGAGAGCUCUAAUGUGGGCUACAAACCACAGUGCUCCUGGCAGGUGGACUCUCCAGAGGCCGAGAACUUCAGUGGCUCACUGGGCAGUCCCACCUCUGUGACAUCAUCACAGUUCCUCAUUCCGGAAUCCUCGGAGGAGAAUCUGGAACCGUCAGGCAGCUGGUUCCAGAACCUGCUCUCUGGCAAAUUCUGAGACCAUGGGUCAUUUCGCCAGUGUACCGUUGCUUUGAGCAGUUUUAUCAUUAAGCUUGUGAGUGUGUUUUUUUUUUUUUGUGAAUUCUCAAUGUUGAUGAAGCUCACGACAGCUGCUGCUGUUCAGAGAAAAGCUGCAGUGUGCCACAAUGCCGAGUCACUGCCCAGGGUUGCAGCACUGCUGAAGAACUGAAGAACUACUGUUAACUGUCUGAGCUCCAACAGAACAGUGACACGUGUAACCUGCAGAGGGCGCUGUACUCCACAGCACUGGGACUCUCUUUCCCUCCAGAUUUGUGUAUUGUGUUACUAUCGCUUCAGCUGUGGGACUCAGGCACAGCUCACGUUAGCGUUUGUAUAAGCUCAGCGAUCACCAACGCUGGUCUUAUGGCAUUAUCAACGUCUGGUGGAAAAAAGACAAAACAAAAACACUAAACGAUUCCCAGGGUGCUUUGAGGCAGCGCUGGUCUCAGCUCAGCUGAAGAUGUAAAUGUGGGAGGGCUCUGUGAAAUGCCUCUAAGCCAGUCACAUGAAUAUGGGAAAACUUGGUGAAAGGUCUCUUAACCAAUCAGGUUGCAGUACUCUGAUUGCUGGCAGUGGACGCUGCCUGUGUUAAAACACUACAGUGUAUAUUUUGUAGCUCUGUUAUGUUGUAGAGCCAUAAAGUUCAGUACUCCAAGCACUUUCACAGAGUUACAGGUGUAACUGACGGGGAUUCGGGGGUCUCACCUACUACCACCGUUACCUUAAGACCCCAUAGUGCCACCUGUCUACACUUUGCUAACAGAUGUCAGAAGCCCAGUACGUUUUUCUGUAAGAGAACUCAUUAUUUGCUGUGUGCUUAUCCCCCUGUAGUUCCAAAGCCAUUUUCUGUCUUAUGGGUGGUUUAAAAAAUCCUGACAUUUGAAAGCGUUUGAGGCAUAUAUGUCUCGUGUAUGAAGUCUGUUGUGUAUUGUGUUGUCAUGGAGAUGUUUAGAGACCGAACCUUCAAGGAAGCUCCAGACACACCUCUGUAUUAUAACAUCUUCACCCAGCAGUAGGAACGGCACUUCAUCUCCCAGUCAGUACCAGCUACCGCACUGUCCAGAAGCCCCGGAACUGGUCCAGAACUCUUUAUGGGAAGCAGAAUGUUAUGGUGCAUAAGUCCUUUACAGUUUUAUAUUCGUAACUGACCCAGUUCUCCCAAAGAUCUCAAAUAUUUAACCUUCUGUGUGGUAAUUCAAGUUAUACUGACUUGCCAUUACACAAACACACGACAGAGGAAGACAGAGUGUGUUUUUGUAUAUUAUGGAACAAAAUAUUACAACUGCUUAGGAAAUCUAGAUGAAAUCAGGCAUGACCUUCGUGGUCAGGAGUAAGCUAUGUGGUCCGCACCAGUGAAAUGGUCCUGACCAGGUUAAAUCAUUUUAACAAGUGAGAUUAAUGUCUUUAAAAAAAUCUUAGUUUCAUACAUGUUGUGUGUGUGACCCUGUGUCAUGACAAGGUACAAUUACGCAUGAGUGUGAGAGAGAGAGACUGUGAGAGAGAGAUACUGUGAGACUGGUUUUGUAUGUGUGAUAGUGUUCACUGACCCAGCCUGAAUUUUGCCCUUAUAGCCACAGCAGUGGCACAUGACAGUGGGAUAUGUGGGAAAUGUAGGCAUUCUCAGUCUCAUUCUGCUUAGUUACUGAAGCUUUAAAUACUACUGCGAGAGAUUAAAUAUUACUAAUAACAUUUUAUUUUGACGUAACACAAUGUUUUAUGCGUAUCAUACAGAUGUGUAUUUGUUUUUUAUGAACUUUUAAAUCUAAUUGUUUUUGUGUAGCUGGGGGACUUUGCUGUGAAGUUACAGUUGGGUUCCGGUUGAAUCAGAGCAGACUUCUAGAACUGGAACUAAACCCUGUAGCUCAGAGUUCUAGAACUGGAACUAAACCCUGUAGCUUAGAGUUCUAGAACUGGAACUAAACCCUGUAGUUUAGAGUUCUAGAACUGGAACUAAACCCUGUAGCUUAUAGUUCUAGAACUGGGACUAAACCCUGUAGCCAGUAAUAAUCUCAGACUUCCAGAUUUGGAACUGAUGACAAGUCUUUAUGAUGAGCUCAGAGUUCUAGAACUCCCAAGUAAGAUGACAGGCUUCCCCAAUAUUGCAGCUAAACUCCUACUAACCUUAUUACACAGUCAGAUGAGAAGCAUAUAGAUAUACAUGUGCUUAUACAGAUACACGUAUAGAUAUGUACUUAUACAGAUAUGCGUGUAGAUAUAACCAUGUGCUCGCGCAGUCUGGAUGUGUUUGGACAAAAUCUGUUGCAGUCACCAUAUGGCAGUGGCCAUUUAAUGCAGCUUUUAAUGUUGAAGACUCACUUUAAUCACAUUAACCAGAAGACAAGUCUGUCAUUCAUGUUGUAUUUGUGGUCUGGUGGUUUUGACUGACACACCAGACUGAGCUGAACUGCAGAGUAAGUGUAAGCAUUCAGGUGCCAGUAAAUAUCUACUCAAUGUUAGAUUUGCAUGUAUAUCAUCAAAUAGGAUCUGAGACAGAUGGUGUAUGUUGUGAUGUGAGAUCCUGUAAUCAGACACUAACAUCGUUGCCUUUGUGUGCAUGACUGUAACUGUAGGAAGGGAAACUUCUCUGAGGAGCUGAGUGAAACUGGGUGUGUGACAAAACUCAUGUUUCCAUGUCCUGAUCUCCAUGUACUCUCUUGCACUAACAGGCCGACAUACAAUCUGUAUGAUAACAAUAAACAGAGAUGAUCACAUA